UCGACCAAUAAGGAGUCAGUUGUUGAAUGGGCGCAAAAUCUGUUUGUCUCUUGUCUACACGACUGCUGCAGAUAGUAAACGUAACAGUACAUUGAAGCGAGAAAACGGUGUAGUUUUAAUGAACGAAUUACAACCAACCUGGAAGACAAACUCACCGCGAGCGUGCUGCCACUUGUCUCACCCCGUGUCGCGAGCUAUGUUGAAGAAACUAGCUGCUGCUAUCUUGGUGAACUGAGCUCUGACUGCUGUGCUAGCUAACACUCGCUAGUUCAACAAUGUCUAGUCUUCCACAAAAUAACUUGGAGGAGCAGCUUGCGAGGCACAGCACUGCUGCUCAGGGCAAGCUGUCUCUGUCUAAACCAAAACCCGGGGCCUUCUCCUUCAAGAAGAAGUCUUCAUCAGGUACAACCAAGGUGGAAGUGCCAACUAAGGUAAUCAGCUCUAAUGUGUUGACAAACAGGAAUGUCAAUGUACCUGAUAACAGUUUGGUGACUACAUCUCCUUUGACAUUUUCAAAAAAGCUUGAGAGACCUCAAAAAUCCAAAAUCAACAGCUUCUUCCCUGUAAGUUCAAAAGGCAAGUCGGACUCCAUCAGCCCAACAGGCCAGACCUCUCCAGCUGGGUCUGCUUUUAAGGUGAUGACAGCUCCCACUAAAUCUGACAAUCAGACAAGUGGCACUGGAGGCAUUCCCGCAAGUCUGGAUGCUUCUCUUGGAUUCCCGAUGGAUGACUGGGAUGAUUUGGAUGACUUCGAGACACCUGUCAAAGCAAAGAAUGACUCUUUUAGUUCAGAGAUGUCCGGGAAGAGCGCAAAUCCACCGUCCUCCCUAAGUGAAGAAAAAAGUUUAGCGAACAAAAAAGUUUUUUCCAGAAGUGAACAAACUCACAUGGAAACAGAUCAAAUGGAGCAGAGUUUGGACCAAACUGCAGCUUCACCAGGACCUGGAUCCCCAGAGACUGAAUACAAGGCCACUCCGGUUAGAGUGACCAGAAGACCACCUCACGCUCAUCGGAAGUCUGUGGUUAGUGACAAUGAAGAGGACAGCCAGGAAGUGCUUGAGCCCUUUAAAGGAAUGUCAGGCAAUAACAACAAAUGGAUUGACCCAAAGGUAAUAAAGAUUAAUGACUCGGAGCCUGACGAUGAUCUCGAUUAUAUUCCCCCGUCUCCUGAUGAGAUCUUUUAUUCUACCUCUGCAUUGGAGACCAGGUCUAAAUCAGCUGCUGCUGUAAGCAAAGACCGUCCUUUGCCAUCAAAGGGCCCCAGCACAACACUACUUAAACCCUCCAACACCCACUCAAAGGACAAUACAAAUGAGCAACUCUUCAGUAUCAUGCAGUCCAUUUGCUCUCUGGUUGACACCAUCCCUGAUAAUGAACUAAUAGGUCUGUCCUGUGGAAGUGAGCUUCUGCUGAAGAGGGCUCAAAGGAAGAGGAUUAUUGUAAAUAGCGGUGGCAGUUCCUUGACGUUCCAGCAGCCUGACAGCACUGUGACUUCUGAACCCAGCUUUAAAGGAAGAUUGUCUUUGAGCUGUGAGACGUCUAGCGUUAUGUCGUCCAACAGCUCAGCGCCCGCGGACCCUCAGAUGCCUUCUCAGCUCAAGAGAUCCUCACUUAUCUCUGGGGACUAUGACUCUGAUCACUCUGACAGUAUUAUCACCCAGAAGGCCUUGCACAGUAAAAACAGCGGGACAAUAAAUGUGAAAAAUCAGAGUUUGUGUGACUCUCCAUCGACCUACAGCCUCGAAAGCCAAGCAUUUAAUUUCUCGAACAAAACGAGCACAGACCUGGAUGGUUCAGAUCUCUUCUUCUCUCCCAAAAGGCCAGAGCCAGUUCAGAACAAACCUAAGACGCCAGCAGCCAGCACAGCUGCAGAAGACAUGGAGCACGAUGACUUCUACAAUGACUACUUUGACAUAGAUGAUUUUAAUGAGUCAGAUAUCCCUGAUUACUUUGAAGAACCUCAAAACUCCAGCUCGGUGACAGCAGCAGGGAAAGAGGGGGGACCCAGCAAGUCUUCAUGGGACAAAAAACCAACAACACCUGCCCCCACACCGAAGACUCCAAAGAUCUCCUCCCCUGAACCCACCUACAGAAACCCAGCCCAUGAUCGCUUCAGAGGGUUCAACUUCCCCCACUCACAGGAGAUGAUGAAGAUUUUUCACAAGCGCUUUGGUCUUCAUCAGUUCAGGUUCAAUCAGCUAGAAGCAAUUAAUGCGACAAUUCUCUCUGAAGACACGUUUGUUUUGAUGCCCACAGGUGGGGGUAAAAGCCUGUGCUACCAACUGCCUGCCUGCGUGUUACCAGGAGUCACUGUGGUCAUCUCCCCUCUCAAAUCACUCAUUGUAGACCAGGUCCAGAAACUCACUACUCUUGAUAUCCCAGCAACAACCCUGACUGGUUCAAUAACUGACAGUGAAGCCGGAAGGAUUUAUAUGCAGCUCUCACGGAAAGACCCCAUCAUUAAACUUCUCUACGUCACCCCUGAGAAGCUGUGUGCGAGUAACAAGCUGAUCUCCGCCCUGCACAACCUGUACGAGCGAGGCCUUCUGUCCCGCUUUGUCAUAGACGAGGCCCACUGUGUCAGCCAGUGGGGUCAUGACUUUCGCCCGGACUACAAGAGGUUGCAUGAGUUGCGUCAGAAGUACCCAAAGGUCCCGAUGAUGGCGCUGACGGCCACUGCCACCCCCCGAGUGCAGAAAGACAUCCUCAACCAGCUGAACAUGACGCGGCCCCAGGUGUUCACCAUGAGUUUCAACAGAACAAACCUCAAGUACACUGUCCUUCCCAAGAAACCCAAAAAGGUUGGCGAGGAGUGCACCACGUGGAUCAAGAAGAACUACCCACGAGACUCUGGCAUAGUGUACUGCCUUUCCCGUAAGGACUGUGAUGACAUGGCUCAGAGUCUGCAGAGAUCACACAUAUUAGCUCUGGCCUAUCACGCAGGCCUGGGAGACAGCGACAGAGAAUACGUGCAGACCAAGUGGAUCAACCAGGACGGCUGCCAGGUCAUCUGUGCCACCAUAGCCUUUGGCAUGGGCAUUGACAAGCCUGACGUGCGCUAUGUGAUCCACGCCAGUCUGCCCAAGUCAGUGGAGGGUUACUACCAGGAGUCAGGGAGAGCGGGCAGAGACGGAGACAUCUCUCAUUGUAUUCUCUUCUACUCCUACUCCGACGUGCACCGCAUCAAGAGGAUUCUCACUCUGGACAAAGAAGGGGACAGACAGGCCAAGGCGACUCAUUUGAACAACCUGCACUGCAUGGUGCACUUCUGUGAGAACAUGAUGGAGUGCAGGAGAAUCCAGCUGCUCGCAUACUUCGGGGAGAUGAAGUUCAACCGAAGCUUCUGUAAGGAGCACCCAGACGUCAGCUGUGACAACUGCGCCAAACCCAACCAAUACAAAGUGAGAAAUGUCUCUGAUGAUGUGAAGAAGAUCGUGAGGUUUGUCCAGGAGAACUGCGAGAAAGUCGGACAAAGGUUUGGCCGCACCGCUCAGCAGAGCAGACUAACACUGAACAUGUUGGUGGACAUCUUUUUAGGGUCUAAAACUGCCAAGGUGCAGACGGGAAUGUUCGGGACAGGAGGAGCCUACUCCAGGCACAAUGCUGACCGACUUUUCAAAAAAAUGGUUCUGGACAACAUCCUGAUGGAGGAUCUGUACAUCACUCAAGGCGGCCAGGCUGUGGCGUAUAUCUCUGCCGGAGACAAAGCCAUGAACGUGCUGUCAGGAAACAUGCAGGUGGAGUUCUACGAGACGGAGAGUGCGUCGAGCAUCAGGAAACACAAAGCUGCUGUGUCUAAGGACGUCUCCCAGAGAGAGCAGAAGGUGCAGGAGUGUCUGAAGGAGCUGCUGGAUCUGUGCAAGCAGCUGGGGAAGGCCUUUGGCAUUCACUACUACAACAUCUUCUCCACCGCCACCUUGAAAAAGAUAUCUGAGAGGCUUUCUUCCAACCCUGAAGUCCUCCUACAAAUUGAUGGCGUGACGGAAGACAAACUGGAGAAGUACGGAGCCGAAGUCGUCCAGGUGCUACAGAAAUACUCUGCGUGGCAGCAGGCGGAGGAACCGACUGACACGGCUGCAGACGGCUGGAUAGACACGGCACAAGGCCGCUCAUACGGAGGGGACGAGGAGGACGCAGAGUCCUCCACCUACUUCGGCAGUCAGUCAGCGCAGGGGCAGAAGAGAAAGAAAGCCCCAUUCUUCAAAUAUGCUAAGAAGAAAGCUUAUGGAAACCAAAGUGCCGGCUCUAAAGGUCGCGGCAACGGCGGCAAUAAGACGUGGUCAUCGUCCAACUCCAGAGGGGGUUAUAAAGCUGCUGCAGGCCGGGGGGGCAGAAGCUCGGCAGGAGCUGCAUCAGCAGGCCGGGCCCCGGGGUUCAUGGCCGUCCCGACCCCUCAAACCUACCAGAGACCCUUCCUGAAACCAGUCUUUUCACACCUGGGCUAGGACUGGCCUCUGGAUCUGACGCUUUGAAACCAGUUGUUGUCAGUAAUUGUUGUAAAGUGUUUACCUGUUAUGGAUAAUGCUAAGGUUGUAUAUUUAUGCUUUGUACAGUUCUUUUAUUGACUUUUGUAAUUCUCAUUUUGAUGGAAAUCCUUCUUUUUUUGAAUUAAAGACUAAUUUAACACUUUCAGAUGAUUUUCUUCAGUAGAUAAGAGCAAGCUGUGCUGAAUUUGUGUGGGUACCACAAAGCCACAGAGCCAUAAUGCAUUUCUUUUUCAAUGUUUAUUUCAAGUUUGAAUAGUUGAAUUGAAUGGCACCAGUUACAAGAGAAUAUUGGAGAGAAACAAUAUUUUAUACUGACUUGUACAGGAGGUAACCUACAGUACAAACAUGGGUUCGGAAUGGAUCGGACUGAACAAGAACUGGAUUUGGCACAUGGAUUUAUAUAUUUAUAUAUAUUUAUACUGGUAUAUAUAAUGCAAUUAAAUGAUCUACACUCAGGAUAGAACAAUGCAGACCACAUAACACACCACCUGAUCUGAAUAUGCAUAUACAUUAACUGCAGUGAUGUGUAUGCACUGUGUGAGGGUCUACUGCGAGCUGAUGGCCAAAAAGCAGAUUCAGAUGUCUUCAGUUACGAACACUUCCAAAUGUCAACCCCUCACUUCUACAUGCAUCAUCCACAAUGAUCUGGCAGGGAUUUUGGCCAGGAGUUAAAUCAAGGUAACCAAUUGUGAAUAAAUCAUUUGAUUGCUAUCGUAUUAACUGGAUUAUGUUAUAAAAAGAAAUCGACACCUUAGUAACAAAAAUAUUAAAGGAUGACCAAUGAAAACCUUCCUUUGUCAUACAUUGCCUAUGUUGGUUUUUGAGACUUUUAUUAAGAUUUCAGAUGAUUGCUAUAAAUACGUAGGGAGUGGCCAUAUAACAAAAACACCUCACAGUACAACCUUAGAAAAGCCCCGUAACAUCCCUUUGACACGCCUUAUGAAAUGUUAUAAGUAGGGUCUGUUUCUUGUUUGUUACAUUAUAUAAUGUGGGUGUUUCUGUUAUUUAGUCUAUCCCCUGUGUAUUAUAUCCAAACAAGAAUCAAUGCAUCGUCUUCAACGCACCACAUUGUAUUGGCAGGCUGUACCUUCACUGCUGCUUUUUUAAGAGACGGGCAAGUUGUUUCUGAUCUGUAAACCAUGGAUGACAACAACACUUCAAAAGUCAACAUCUGAUCAGAACUGCAGACAUAUCCCAUGAAGUAAAAUAACAGUAACAUAAUGUAAACGUGACACUGAAACUGAAAUGUAAAAUGAAAGCUUUCCUGUGAAAGGUUUUUCAGAGGAAAAAGGACAAAUUAAGACAGACACAAAUAGUUGCACACAGAUGUGUUUCCCUCUCGACGUGGGAGAUUUAAGAAUGGCGCAGUCUGUAGUACAGUUGUGAAAGAUGUUGUGUCUUUCAUUUCUCCAUUCCUUCAUCUUUGUCACUUUGGUAAACUGCAGUUAGGAUCCAGGCACAAGAAACACUCACUGUCACUUAAUGAAACAUCGAAGAAAACAGCAGAACAAACAUCCACACAGAGGUUUUUAAGGAACAUUUCUUUUUAGAAAAUGUUAUCCAUGACCGCAACAGUAACUACGUGUCUCAGUGGUCACUUCAUUGUUAGAGUACGACAGCAAUUUGGUAAGUGAUUUUCUAGAAACAGAAAGGACGUAUUUGACUUACUAAUUUUCAAACAUAUGUUUGUAUAUCCUCGUACAGCUGAUUAUUGCUCUUUGAAUAAUGCUGCCUUUUUUUUUACACUGUUGCAUGUUCAGAGGGACCACUAAAGCUACAUAAUGCUGAUCAAUGUAUUCACCUUUGCAGACUGACCUUGAAUAUGUCCUGCUAACAACUCAUCCCCUUGACCUGUAUGUCAGUAAAUAAGUAAUAAAUAUGAAGAAUGAAUGUGCACAAAGAAGAAAGCCCACCCUUCUCCAUCCCGUAGGGAAAAUGUGCUUCAUCUCCACAUUGCUAUUUAUCUGGAUGUAUCCAAGUUACACAUUAUUAUCUUGACAUAAAUAAGCUCCUACAAUGUAUGUAUGACAGGUUUCUUGCCAACAUAGCUCUAAUGAUUUUAUAUUCCCUCUAGCGUCCCGCUGGGAAAUGUCGGUGCUGCUCACUCGACCACAGAUAACUGGUGGAGGAUAACAAGCUACAGGAGUGGAUCCAGCCACAACGCCAAAGUGCAUGCUACUCUGUGGUAAGGACUACAACUCAGCCCCGGACGGACACGCUCCGAUUACUCAGGAGCAACAAGGAAGGUAGCACCGUCGGGACUUCAGUGGAGCAGCUGCUGGUAGGAGAGGGUCGGCUUGGAGCUAGCAGGCCAAAACAAGCAACCCUGUACAGCCAUUGGACUGAUGACUCACUGAGUGCCUUUCUUUCCCAAUCUGUUUCUUAAAUCACACUUUUAAAGAGCUUCUCCCAAAGGCCUCUGAUAUCUCUCAGUCUAAUCUACCUCAUUUCAUUUCUUCCCUCUUAGUCCUUCUCCUGCUCUUUUUUACAUGUUUUUAUUUGUACUCCUCUCCAUCUAAUACUACCACAUUGAGCCCUGUUUCCAUUCCUACACACAGACAGAGUAACACUUACACCUGCACUUGGUGCAGGAGGUAGACACGCAAUAUAAAAAACAGAUUUUACCCAGAAUCCAGCAGCCUUCGCAGUUAUUGCUUCCUGGAGCUGAGAGGCAGAAGCGCCUAGAGCCUGACCGACAAAACUAAGGGCAGAUAUUAUUCGCCAAUAUGCGCUUUUCAGAUAUGUUGGUGCCUGAUUUAGUUUUGGCUGAUAUAAUAUUCCAGGAAAGUAAUUUAAUUGCAUUAUUCAAAAAAAGAAAUCUUCAAAAGAAACCUUUAGAAUGUACUACUUAUAUUAUGCAGUUUCCUGCCUGGCCCAUUUCAUUAUUAAUUCUCAGUCUUUUAGUGACAAACAUUUGUUCGGGGCAACAACUAACAAUUAUUUAAAUAACGCUUCAUCUGUCCCUUCUUUUCUAGUUUAAUUGAUUCAUUGUUUGGCCAAUAAAAUGUCAGAAAAUAGUGAAAAUCUCCCAACCAACAGCAAUAUAAUUUAAAUAGAGUUCUUUCAUCGUACCUACUGUACAAAACCUAAAUAAAUUCAAUGAACAAUAAUGGAAUAAAAGAUAUCAGAAAAUCUUCAAAAUAUGUUUUUCAGCUCUAGUAAUGAUGUCAAUAUAUAUUUUUUUUUAACUUUUACGUUGAGUAUAGGCCAUGGGUUUAAGGAAUAAGUGAAAAGACUCGGUAUCGAUCAGGCUAGAAGUCACCUCUUAAAACUCUUCAAGUAAAAAAUACAUAUUGUAAAGUUAUGAAAGGUGGAAAUGUGCUUUUGGAUUAUUUGGUAUUUGUGGUGGUAUAAUGAUAUCUGCAGAUUUCCUUUCGUCGAGACAUGUUCAUUAACAUUGCUGAGUGACUGCUGGUGAAGUGAUACGAGGUGUGAGCAGUGUUCAGUGGAUCUGGAUAAAAACCCUGUUCUUUAGUCCCCACUUCCACAUUUCCAUAAAUACUUCUGACCUUACACAGCGCUAAAAAAGGUAUAAUUUAAUCUUCAAUAACAAAAUAACAUUUCAGUUCUGUUAAAAUAUACAUGGAAAACCUGUCAAUAUAUAUUAGGAAACAAACUAAUUUGUACAAAAAGUACAUCAUUAUUCUUAUUCUAAUAAUAAUAAUAAUAUAUAGUAUGUUACAUAAACCUAAGAGCUAGGUUGAUAUGAAACCAAAAUAAAUCAUAAACUCUUCAUACAAAGAAAUUGUUGAAAUUCAUCGAAUUUCAACUAGAUGAAAAAAUGCAAAUCAAAUUAAUUGGAGAAAUAAGAGAACAACUGAACAAAUGAGCACAUUCAAAGUACUUCAUUAUUCAAACCAUAUGAGCAUUGCCCCUCUAUCUAGACUAUAAUCUAUGGUGCAAGCAAAUCUUUCUGAAUACCCCUCUAACUGCUUCUGACACUACUGGGUCACAUAACACUAUUGGUACUGGUUUAUUUGACUGUAUAAUAAAUGUUAGAAAAACACCCUUGUUCUUCAUCAGUUUACUUUGUUCACCAUUGUACAGUAAAGUGUAAUGGUGUCUUAAAACAACUUUCAAUCAUCAACAUCUUCUCAAAAAGGCAUUUGGUAAUCAUCCCGUCUGCUCUCUGCUUCAUAAACCUUCAUUUUUAUUCCCUUCAGAUUGUUCUGUUUUUUCCCGCUGAGUUGAAUCUGCCAUUUGUCUAAAUGCAUCUGAUGGGGAUGAACCAAUAUCAAACGAUAUUAUAAUACAGUGCCUCAUAUAUUCUUCAGAGCAGCAUCGACCCUGAUAUAACUCACUUCCAUCUUCAUGUAAUGACAAAUCAACUUCCUCGAUUGCUGUUUAUCUCUUUCCCUUCUCUUUCAAAUACACGUUUAAAACAUUAAAUAAUAAUUGAAGGCAACGCUCAUCGGUUGCAACUCUCCAGUCCUUGUGAUAGGAACUGUUUAAACAUCUCCAGUCCUUCGAUUCCAGUUUAAAAUUUUUUCCUUUGUGUUAUUUGAAAAAAUAAAAUACCUGAAAUGAGUUGAAAUAAAAAAAAU